AUGGCGCCCAGGACGUCCGACAAGACGGCGACGCCGCCCGCUGCCGGGGCCGCCGCGACCGGGCUCGCGCUCGGCGUCGGCGGCGGCGGCAACGGCGGGGGCGUCGGGCCGCACUACCGCGGCGUCAGGAAGCGGCCGUGGGGCCGGUACGCGGCGGAGAUCCGCGACCCGGCCAAGAAGAGCCGGGUGUGGCUCGGCACGUACGACACCGCCGAGGAGGCCGCCCGCGCCUACGACGCCGCCGCGCGCGAGUACCGCGGCAACAAGGCCAAGACCAACUUCCCCUUCGCCUCCGCCUCCGCGCCGCCCGCCGCCGCGGCCCUCACCGGCGACGGCAGCCGGAGCAGCAACAGCAGCACCGUCGAGUCCUUCGGCGGCGACGUGCAGGCGCCCAUGCAGGCCAUGCCGCUCCCUCCGUCCCUCGAGCUCGACCUGUUCCACCGCGCGGCCACCAGCACCGCCGGGGCCGGCGCCGGCGCCGGCAUGCGCUUCCCCUUCAGCGGCUACCCCGUGUCGCACCCGUACUACUUCUUCGGACAGGCGGCGGCCGCCGCCGCCGGCGGCUGCCACAUGUACAGCCAGGCCCCGAAGGUGACCGUGGCGUCCGUGUCCCCGAGCGACUCCGACUCCUCGUCGGUGGUGGAUCUGGCGCCGUCGCCGCCCUCAAGGAAGCCCGUCCCUUUCGACCUCGACCUGAACUGCCCGCCGCCGGCGGAGCUCUGA